GGUGAAAACAGAAGCUGUGGUUAUUGCUACAGUCAUGGCUGGCGAUAUGAGCUGCGUCCAGUGCUUGUGACAGGAUGGUUGAAGGGACCCAACUCCGGGGGUCACUCAUCAUCCAGUUCUAGAACUUGACCUGUCAGGUGACAGAACCUAAAAUAGCCCUGCAAGAGAGUAUAUAGAGGUCUAUACGCAGGCCUUGGAUUUCAGAACAGGACUUGCCUCGCUGUCUGAAACAUACAGGACACUGCACCACGAGAGCCAUUGACAAAAGAAGAAAGGCUUUUUUGAAGGACAUAUCUUAAUUCAAUUUCACUGCCUUUUGGUUUAUAAUUUUACUGCUGAAAAAGGAAUGCAGAUUUUCAUCUGAAGUUUUUAUCUUUGAACAAGACUUAAUUUUCUUAAGGAUGAAGUUCUACCAGGACCCAGUCUGCCAGUCCAGAGGUAUCAAGGCUUAUGGCCCCAAAGAGUCCAGCAGCUCUUCUUGCGCCCACUCUUCUCCACAGAUCAAACCAGUCCGGAGCGUCCACUUCCCCAACGACAUCGUGUUCCAGGACUACAUCCGGCAGGGCGAGCUAGACAGGAUCAGACUCUUCAUCAGAAAGAGGAGGGUCAGCCUGGAAACCAUCUACCACUCUGGUAUGGCAGCGAUCCAUGAGGCCGUCCUCUCUGGGAACCUGGAGUGUGUGAAGCUGCUGGUGAAGCACGGAGCAGACAUCCACCAGAGAGACCAGGAGGGCUGGACACCUCUCCACAUGGCCUGCAGCGACGGAUUCCCUGACAUUGCCAAGUACCUGCUUUCUAUUGGCGCUGACCCUCGGGCGGAAAACGAGUGUGGGGAGACACCUGCCGAUCUCAUCGACUCAGAGGUCACGGGGGUUCGAGAGCUGAAGGGGCUGCUUGGGGUGGAGGACGACUGAGCUCUCCUCCUCUAACUUUAAAACUCCACUGAAUCUUCAAUCUCCUUCCUCGCCCAGGCCUCCCGGUUGACCCUCGACAAUGGAAUUAAAUGGACAGAUCGGUAGAACAUUGUCAUUCUGUGCCCUCCCUCCCUUGUAGAGGUCCUGGAGACAUAUAUCUGGUCUGGUGGGAGGAAGGUGGCCUGCCAACAGUAGAUGGUUGCCUUUGAGAGUGAACUGAACUAUUGCUGGAAAGGGGCUCCUUCAGGCAAUCUCAGCAGGCAUCGCUUUGUAAUGCUGUUUGCAGGUGCAGAAGUUAGCUUUUGUACUUUUUUCAUACAGGGUGAACGCAGCACUGAAAUGAAUUAGAUAGCAGUCUGGUAAUGAGCUUUUUGAAGUACUUUAUAUAGUUGAUGUGUGAAAGCUUUUUUUGGAAGUUGUGAAACAUGGAUCUGUCGUUGUCCUCUGACUCAUAGGGCCAUUCUGAAAUGGGGCCUACUGCCCACCGCAGUAAACCAAUGUGAUAGGUCAACUCUACCUACUGACAGCGUUUAUAGUUCAAGAUUUGUCAUUUACAUCAUACAACUUUUACAUUUGAAAAACGAAGACUGCAUAUGUACCACAUGAAUAUGUACAUUGCACUUUACCUCUAUACAUUUGCAAACACCACUGGAAUGGCUAAUUGUGUGUUUACAAUUGCUUUUACAAUCAUAACUGAAACUGUGUGCAAUCAAUUGUGGUUACACCGCUUUGAAAAUAAUUGCCUUUUAUACAUUUUUUCAUUAAAAUAGUUUCAUAUUAAAACAACUUAGUGGUGAUCUAUUCAUCUUUAUAAACUACUGGUAUAAGAACUUGACAAAACUGUUUGAAGGGAAAGAGAAGGUAUUCUUUUGACUUUCAUUUCAAACUACAGUAACCAAUCUUGGUUCCAAUUAACCUUGGUGGACUAAGAAGCACUUCUAACAUUGAAGCAAGGAACAGUUCCCGGUAGGCCGGCUCCGGCCG